GCAGCGGACUUUACAGUACUAUUCCCGCCAAUAUGCUGUAAAUCUCUCUUUGUCUUUAUUUAGAUGAUAGCGUCCCUGUUACCUCCAUGGGGAGAAAAGACUCAGGUAAUUGAGUGGUAGACAUAGUCACUAGAGUAUUUUUGAGAUUGUUCCGCACACUAGGGAACAGAGACUAGUGUUGCUUAUGUUAAGAUCUUCCGUCAUCCUUGUCGGACAUCACGCAAAGUAAGUUUUGUGCAGCUUCAUGUCGAUAUCAUGCUUUCAAUGUCGCUUGAACUGCUGACGGUGAAUGUGAGAGAGUGUGUCCAAUUGUGCGUCUGUCUUGUUUGUGUGUUCACACUUAACGGUGCAAAAGACGGGUCGUUUUAAUGUGGUUCAGGUUUUCGGUGACCAAAAUGAUUGAGUUACAUCUCUUUUUUUUUUUUUUUUCCCUCGAAUUUACAACGGUAUGCAUUUGUCCUCAAUGUGAACCAGUGUGGUCUUUGGGCGAGUCCCAGCCCCCGGAGGAACUGGACAAGCCUAUCGAGACCCCACCGCUCUCCACCCUGCUAAUAGAGAGCCCUGUAAGCGGCAUGGUGACUGUCGGUGGGGACAUCACGUUUGUCGCAAAAGUGGAGGCCAAAGACCUUCUCCGCAAACCAACCGUCAAGUGGUUUAAGGGAAAAUGGAUGGACUUGGCAAGUAAGACAGGGAAGCAUCUGCAGCUCAAAGAGACCUUUGACCGCAACACCAAGAUCCACACGUUUGAGAUGCAGAUCAUCAAAGCCAAGGAGAAUUAUGCAGGCAAUUACCGGUGUGAGGUCAGCUACAAGGACAAGUUCGAUAGCUGCACCUUUGACCUGGAAGUGAAAGAAGCUGGUGGAUCACAAAGUAUUGAUAUCCGAUCCGCUUUCAAGAGGAGCAGUGAAGGCCAAGAAGAUGCAGGGGAGCUUGACUUUAGUGCUCUCCUUAAACAUAGGGAGCACAAACAGCAAGAUGACGCUCCCGAGGUGGACGUCUGGGAGAUCCUGAAGAAAGCCCGUCCAGAUGAAUACGAGAAGAUUGCCUUCAUGUAUGGAAUCACAGAUCUGAGAGGCCUGUUGCGGAGAAUGAAGAAGAUUCCCAAAGAGGAGAAGAAGAGCGAAGCUUUUGCAAAGAAGCUCGACCCGGCGUAUCAGGUGGAUAAAGGCGGCAAGAUCCGGCUCGUUGUCGACCUGACCGACCCUACGGUUGACCUGAAGUGGUACAAAAAUGGGCAAGAGAUCCGUCCCAGCCCCAAGUACAUAUUUGAGCACAAGGGCACACAAAGGAUACUGGUCAUCAACAACUGCACCCAAAGCGAUGACGCGGCGUAUUCUGUGGCGGCAGGCGAUGAGAAGUGCUCUACGGAACUGUUUGUCAAAGAGUUGCCGAUCAAGAUCACGAAAGGCCUUGAGCCUGUUGCGACCACGGUGAAUGAGAGGAUUGAGCUGGAGUGUGAGGUGACGGAGGAAGGUGCCCCAGUCAAAUGGAUGAAGAACGGUGUUGAGAUUCCAACAGGGGUUCGAUCCAGAUAUCGAGUCAAGUGUGAGGGAACCAAACACACCCUGGUGAUCGACGAUGCCUCCCUGGAAGAUACUGGGACUUAUUCCAUCAUGGCCUCUGGUGGAUCAUCAGAGGCUCACGUACAGGUUGACUUGAAACCACUGAAGAUCCAUCAGGACCUGCAGGAUAUAAAGGUGAUGCUGGGCAAGCCUCUCAAUUUACACUGCGAGAUCUACCCAGGCAACGUCCCAGGCCGAUGGUACAGGAAUGGACAGCUGAUCCAGCCCAAUGACCGCAUCAACAUUGUCCACAAAAAUAGGGUCCACGAACUUUCAAUUGAAACCAGUUCCCUUCACGAUUCUGGGGAUUACACUUUUGUACCUGAGGGGUACUCUCAAAGCCUAUCUGCCAAGGUUCAUGUUAUAGACCCACCAAGGGUGCACCUGGAGGGCUUGAACUUCGUGGACAACACUGUGACAGUUGUAGCCGGAAACAAAAUGCGCUUGGAGAUCCCCAUCAGUGGCGAACCGGCCCCCAAAGUGGUAUGGAUGAAAGGUGAAAGGGUUAUUCUCGAGUCUGGCAAUCGCGUUCGAGCUGAAACGUAUGUUGACCAGACUAGCCUGACAAUUGAAAUCACAGAGCGCGAGGAUACAGGCAAUUACAAACUAGUCCUUCAAAAUGAGGCCGGUGAGGCCUCGGCUUCCAUCAAAUUGAAGGUUGUAGACAUCCCUGAUUCUCCAGAUGCGCCUUUGGUCCCUGUGAUAGGAGGCGACUGGUGCCAGAUGACAUGGGAGGCACCCAAAUAUGAUGGCGGUUCACCAAUUUUAGGUUACUACAUUGAGAGAAAAAAGAAGCAGAGCUCAAGAUGGAUGAGAAUCAACUUUGACCUGAUCAAAGAGACAACAUACGAACCCAAGAAGAUGAUUGAAGGCGUGCCAUACGAAGUCCGUUUAUUUGCAGUCAACGCCAUUGGCGUGUCCAAGCCCAGUGAACCAUCCAAAGCCUUUACCCCCCUCGCUGUGACCAGUGAGCCCACCAUGCUCGUGGUCGACGACGUGACUGACACAACAGUGACUAUCAAGUGGCGUCCUCCAGAAACCAUUGGAGCUGCUGGUCUUGACGGGUAUUUGGUGGAGUACUGCCUUGAAGGAUCUGAUGACUGGAAAGCAGCCAACACUGAACUGAUAGACAAGACCAGAUACACGAUCAAAGGCCUGACAUCUGGGACUAAAGUCUUAAUUCGAGUCAAGGCUGUAAAUGCUGCUGGAGCCAGCGCGCCACGGAAUACUCAGCAUGCAAUUCUUGUCAAGGAGGUUAUUGAACCACCCAAGAUCCGUGUCCCUCGACACCUGAAGCAGACUUACACUAAAAGAGUUGGGGAAGCAGUCAACCUUGUAGUGCCGUUCAUGGGCAAACCAAGGCCGAAGGUUACCUGGCUGAAGGAUGGUCAACCCAUAGAUCCCGCCCAUGUCAGCAUCCGCAACACGGACUGCGACAGCAUCAUCUUUAUCCGUAAAGCUGAGCGCAGUCACUCCGGGAAGUAUCAGAUGAAGGUGCAGGUAGAAAACCACGUCGAUUCAGCCGACAUAGACAUACAGAUCAUAGACCUACCUGAGCCUCCCCAGAUUGUGAAUAUCGACGAUGUCUGGGGAGAAAAUGUAUCUCUGUCCUGGACCGCCCCCAGAGAUAACGGCAAUGCCGCGAUAACUGGCUACACCGUUCAAAAGGCAGACAAGAAGACGAUGGAAUGGUACACGUGCAUAGAGCACUAUCAUCGCACCUCUAUCGCCAUCACCGAAUUAGUGGUCGGGAAUGAGUAUUUCUUCAGGAUCUAUUCUGAGAACAUGUGUGGCCUUAGCGAGUCGGCCACCCAAACCAGGAAAAGCGCCCUCAUCGUCAAAGAAGGCAUGAAGAUGAAAAUCCCCGAGUACAACGACCACGACUUCAACGAGGCCCCCAAGUUCACGCAGCCCCUCAUCAACACGUUUGGCAUCGCCGGCUACAACACCACUCUCAACUGUAGCGUGCGGGCCCACCCCAAGGCCAAAGUGACCUGGAUGAAGAACAAGAUCAUCAUUGGCAACGACCCACGCUACCGCAUGUUCAGCAACCAGGGCGUAUGCACGUUGGAGAUCAGGAAACCAAGCCCUUACGACGGCGGCAUGUACACAUGCAGGGCCAUCAAUGACUUGGGGGAGGCCCAGGUGGAGUGUAAGCUGGAGGUCAAAGGAGGGUUCACCUUCUACGAACUGAUGCAACGCGGCGUGCCCCUCCACCUCAUUGACAAGUACAUGACAGAGACGAAGGUUGUCGAACAAGAGAAGUAGAGACU